CAAACCGGACAGUCCCUACGUAAAAGAAUAAAUGGACACAAAUCGGACAUCAGGAAUGGUAACCUACAAAAGCCACCUUACAGUCAGCCAAGUUGGCCAGAACUUUACAUUUGUGCUCACAGACAUUGACAGCAAACAGAGAUUUGGAUUCUGUCGCUUAUCUUCCGGGGCCAAAAGUUGCUUCUGUAUCUUAAGUUAUCUCCCAUGGUUUGAAGUCUUUUAUAAGCUGCUCAACAUCUUGGCAGAUUAUACAGCAAAAGGACAGGACAGUCAGAGGAAUGAACUCCUAGAAACACUUCAUAAACUUCCCAUUCCUGACCCAGGAACACCUGUUAAUCUCAGUGUGCAUUCUUACUUUAGUGUGCCUGACAUCACAGAGCUUCCCAGUAUCCCUGAAAAUAGAAAUCUGACAGAGUAUUUUGUAGCCGUCGAUGUCAACAACAUGCUGCAUCUCUACGCUAGUAUGCUAUAUGAACGCCGCAUCCUCAUCUGCUGUAGUAAACUGAGCACUUUAACUGCCUGCAUUCAUGGGUCUGCAGCUAUGCUCUACCCAAUGUUCUGGCAACAUGUUUACAUUCCUGUUCUGCCCCCGCAUCUAUUGGACUACUGCUGUGCCCCGAUGCCCUACCUCAUUGGAAUACAUUUAAGUUUAAUGGAGAAAGUUAGAAAUAUGGCCCUGGAAGAUGUGGUGAUUCUUAAUGUUGAUACCAACACAUUGGAAACUCCUUUUGAUGAUCUACAGAGCCUUCCCAAUGAUGUGGUUUCUGCACUCAAGAACAGAUUAAAGAAAGUCUCCACAACUACUGGGGAUGGUGUGGCAAGAGCAUUCCUAAAAGCCCAGGCCUCUUUCUUUGGGAGCUACAGAAAUGCACUGAAAAUUGAACCCGAGGAGCCAAUCACUUUUUGUGAAGAAACGUUUGUGUCUCAUCGUUCUACUGCCAUGAGGCAGUUUCUUCAGAAUGCUAUUCAGCUCCAGCUCUUUAAGCAGUUUAUCGAUGGACGCCUUGAUCGUCUCAACUCUGGAGAGGGCUUCAGUGAUGUUUUUGAAGAAGAGAUAAAUAUGGGAGAAUAUGCUGGGAGUGACAGACUGUACCACCAGUGGCUCUCUACAGUAAGGAAAGGAAGUGGAGCCAUUAUAAAUACAGUAAAGACCAAGGCUAACCCGGCCAUGAAGACUGUCUAUAAGUUUGCAAAAGAUCAUGCAAAAAUGGGAAUAAAAGAGGUGAAAAACCGCUUGAAGCAAAAGGACAUUGCUGAGAAUGGAUGCUCUGCGACACCAGAAGAGUCCCUACCAAGGACAGCUCCUUCUCCGUUGGGUGAAAAGAAGGACCCUAAACUCAGAGAAGAUAGAAGACCAAUCACAGUACACUUUGGGCAGGUUCGUCCUCCAAGACCUCACGUUGUUAAGAGACCCAAGAGCAACAUUGCUGUGGAAGGGCGAAGGACUUCAGUUUCUAGUCCAGAACAGUAA